AUGAGUGACAUUGAGACGGGUUCUGAUGUUGAAAAUUACUACGACGCAGAGGAAUUUGAUGACUUUAUAGACUAUAGUGAUGAAGAAGUUACCGAAAUUGAACCUCCCAAAGGAGUUGAGUCAAUCGCCGGACAAUCAAUCAAUACACCAACUGAAUUAAACAAUGAGGAUGGCAACGAAGAGGAGAAGGAGGAAGAAGAAGAAGAAGAGGACAAAAUAAGAACUCUCACAACAACGUUGAAACCAAAUGAGACCCAUGCGCAGAAAUUGUUGCGUGCCCAUAUUGCCAUUUUGGUAUCUGCGUUGGGUGGUGUUGAUCAUACAUCAGAGAUAAAACCUCCUCCAUAUAAACUAGGCCAUGACGCAUUAGCAUGUCUAAAGGAUAUAAAGAGAUGGAUCAGGGCUGUUGAUGAAAAACAAAACAACUAUGAAGUAGCACUAGCUUGUGCUGAAUGCGGUUUAAUUCAAAAUGACAUCAUAGUUGUACUUUGUCAAUGGGAGCAAAAAAUGGCCAAGAAAGAGUUGAUCAAAAACAAAACAUCAAUGGAAAAAAUUAUGCUUUCAUGUUUAGAAAUACUUGUGCUUUUGACUUGGCCCGUGGAUUUUGAUAAAAACUUGUCAGAAAAUCAAAAAUUAUUGUAUGCAAAUAUUAGAAAGAUCCAUGUAUUGUACAAGAAGCAUAUUUUGGCGUAUAAUAAUGGACAAUUAUUGAAAGCAGUGAUUAGAUUAGUGCUUCCUGUGCUUCAAAAGUCAAAGGUUGAUAGAGAACCUCGUGAAAAUCAAAUUUUACGACUUGUAUUAUACUUCAUCAGGAAUUUGCUAGCUAUUGAACCCGCUACAUCUACCAUUUCAUCUAAAGCAAGAAACGCCAUUGUUGCAUCAGCGGAUUUACCUAGUGGUGUAACUCAAGAUGACAUUUCCAUAAAUCAUGUUUUGAAGGUGUUUAGAAAGAACAAGGUGUUGAUGCUUUUGCUAACCAUAUCAGGGUCAAUUAAUGUUGAAUUCGACAAGGAUUUAUUUGGAGAAGUCACUCUUGAGUGCAUAUACUUGAUUAUCAAAGGAAUAGAGUCCAAAGAUGUGCUUGUACGUCCACCUCCUCAAGCCCCUAGUUCUAAUGUGUCAACUGACGCGUCUGCUCCCUUGGUCCCUUUAUCGAGUACGGUGAAUAUGCAAUUGCUGGAUCUACUAGCAACUGAAUCUAAAAAGAAACAAGCACAAACUCUGAAAAUUGCCACAAGACAUGGUAAAUUUGGUACUUUAUUGUCCAUUCGUUCUUCGGAUGCAACCUCGUACGUGGUAUCUGGAGAAGAAGCAUUGGUAAAUACUGAUGGUACUUUGGACAAGUUAGAUAAGUCAAAAACAUGGAAGAAUCAAAAUCAUUUCAAAUACGACUCUGAUGAUUUUGUAAAGACAAGUUCACCAGUAUAUCUUACUGCACCGGGUCGACAAAUUCUUCAUGAGUUUAUCAAUGAAUUCUUGUCCGGUGGAUGCUUCAACAACUUGAUUGAAGUGAUGGCAUCGAAACUUACAAGUCAAUCGGAAUACUCAACUGUUGAUGAAUUAUCAAAUGCAAGUUAUUUCUUCACAAUUGCUUGGUUUUUGAAUUAUCAACGAGAGCAAAUUGUACUUGACAGUACAUCAUCAUUCGAUUUUGGUUCAGUAAGGGCAGCAUUGAGUGAAAUUAACUUUAUAUUAAUUGUAACCUAUUUCCGAGACUCAUUUGCUAAAAAGUCAUGGAACUCCCUACAUGUGGCAAUGAUUUGUUUUAAAGAGUUGCUCAAAAUAUCAAAUUCGAUAUUUGGUAAAAAAAGAAACACUAUUGAAGAUGAUACUCAAUAUGAAAUUGAUCGUGAAUUGGCUGAAGGUAUCAUCAGAAAACUAUUUUCAUUCAAUGAUUUUUUGAAUAUUUUGGUGCUAAUACCACAAUCUGCAUUCAAACACUCACCCAGAUUUCUCAAAGAGUCAAUUCAUGUAAUAACCAUCAUUUUAAAAUCAUUUGAAUCAUUUGCCAAGGAAGAUUUACAACUUUACGUCCAAACUAAACGGAAACAAAGUAAGAACAAUAAGAAACGAAUCAAUGAAUUGAAUCGAGAUACAGAUGCAAAACUUUCCGCAGCAAUUUAUGAUUCUGAUGAUGAAGCAAUUGCUGAAAAUAUUCGUGAAGUUACUCGUGAACGAAGAUUGAAUUUUCAAGCUACUGAAGUUAGAUUUUUCCAUCAGGCUAUUGUGACUGCGUAUAUUGAAUAUUUAUCACGUUUCCAAGAUUUGAAUCAUGAUGAUAUUAAGAUCUGUUUGAGUUAUUUUCAUAAGCUUUUUGUGGUUAGGAAAGAUUAUAACGGGUUAUUUCGGUUGGACUUUAUGCAAAUGUUGCAUAAGUUGAAGAAUCAUUUACCUAGAGGCUCUUCAAUUAGAUUGAAAGUUGAGGAGUUUAUUUACUAUUUUAUGAAAAAAUUCAAAGUUGCCCUCGGGAGGUUCCCCAAUAUAAUUGAAGUAUUGUUUCCCAGAAUUGAAGAAAGUUCAGUUAAAUGUUAUUUAUCAACUGGUGAAUUGUAUGAAAAGGAAGAUCUAUUAGAGCGGAAAUUCGAACGGAAAUUCCAACAAGCAGAAACUGAUAAAGCAUAUAACGGGGAUGAUGCAGAGGGUGGUGACGAAGGUGAUGACGACGACAUUGCCUUUGAAUUGGCUGCUAAUCCAAAUUCAUCAAGACAAAAUGGAACUGAAUUAGAUCAAUUGGAUGAAUUAGAAGCUCAAUUGAAUUCACAACAUAAACCAAGAUCCAAAAACUUAGAGCGUGGUAAAGCACACAAGAGAAAAUCGAAAUUGAAAACUAAACCCAGCAAGGAUCAGGAAAUGCAGCCUGGAAGAAGAAGAAUACCAGCGGGUCUUCUUGAAGAAUCUCAAUUUACUCGAUCAUCUGAAUUUGUUCAUGAUUCUGACGAUGAGUCCGAUGAUGAGAGACAUCAAGAGUUUUUCGCUCGUGAAGAAAGGUUGAGAAAAUUGUUGAAUGAGAUUGGUAGUAUUACCAAUAAUGAAAAAUUGGAGGAGUUUAAAAAAGUAUGGCUGGUUUAUUCCAAGAAUGGGGAUAAAGAGGUUGCCAAUGUGGUGAAGAAUGUGGUAGAAGAAGUAUCGUUAUUUGUUGAAGAUGAGGAUGAUGAUGUAGAAGAAGCACCUAAGCAAACUGGUUUUACAAAACUCCAUAGCGAUGAAGAGAGCAACGCGUCGCUUGAGAGUGACGAACACUCUGCCAGUCAAAGUGGACCCGCGCCAGAACACUUCUCCUCAAACACAUCAGAUAUGGAUUCCGAUACCAACAAGCGUACAAGAUCCGUUGAUGACGGGGAACAAUCAGCCCCAAUAAGAAAGAAACGACUUGUAAUCAGUGACGACGAAGAUGACUAA